AUGGCUAAUAGCACGGGAGUAAAGGAUUUCUACCUAAGUGAACUGUCUGAUCUGCCUGAAGUGCACAUGUCUCUCUUUGCGGUGAUUCUGAUGACCUACUUGACCACUCUGGCAGGGAAUGGGGCUAUUCUCAUAGCAACAGCGACAGAUGCUCACCUCCAGACACCUAUGUAUUUCUUUCUGAGUAAUUUAUCUUUGCUGGAUGUCCUUUGUCCAACUGUCACAGUGCCAAAAAUGCUCCAAACCUUCUUGUCAGAGGACAAGAGAAUAUCGUUUGUCGGCUGCGUGCUGCAACUAUUCUUCCUGAUUGAUGUGGUGGGCACUGAAAUUUUUUUGCUUGCAGUGAUGGCCUAUGACCGCUAUGUGGCUAUAUGCAGCCCCCUGCACUACACAAAUAUUAUGAGUAAACGUCUAUGUGCUCAACUGGCAGUUGGGACCUGGCUAACAGGCUUUACAAAUUCCAUGAUUCACACCUCACUGACCUUUACAUUAUCUUUCUGUGGGCCCAAUAAAGUUAAUCAGUAUUACUGUGACAUCCCUCCCAUAAUGGCUCUUUCUUGCUCUUCCACAUACCUCCCUGAACUGGUCCUUCUCCUUGUGGCUGGAAUUUUAGGGGGUGGUGCUUUUCUAGUUACCCUGAUCUCUUACAUCUAUAUAAUUUCGGCUAUCUUACGCAUGCACUCUGCUGAGGGCAGGCAGAAAGCGUUUUCCACCUGUGGUUCCCACUUGACUGUGGUUUGCCUGUUCUAUGGGACAACCAUUGCUACCUAUGUUCGGCCCACUUCCACUUACUCACCCAAGCAAGACAGAAUUGUUUCCAUGUUGUAUGGGAUUCUUACUCCCAUGAUAAACCCAAUGAUCUACAGCCUGAGGAAUAAGGAAGUUAAAAAGGCUUUGGUCAAAGCUUUUAACCUGAAAUGGGUUUUCUGA